CGGGUGUUGUUGCUAGGAUACAGUACAACACAAAGCAAUUUACUGACAGUCCUCCGUUACAUUUUUGUUUAGAGGGAACGAACACACUGUAGUAAACAGCUGGAUUUAAAUUUACUGUGUUUAUAAUAUGUCUAUCCUUCAACUACAAGGAUCAACAUGAAGAAGGAAACACUGGAGCCAUGCAUUCCAAAAGCCAGAGUCCUGUUAUGGGCAGACCUGAGUUACAGUGACAUGGAGGAAAUGGACAAGGCAGAUUCAAUAACAGACACAGAAAGAAUUCUGUGUCGUGCAUUAAAACUCGAUCUGCCCGAGCCACGACUGGGAAUUCUGCUGGAGAUGUUCACAAAUUUAGUGAGGUUUUGCAGGGAGCAACAUUUUAACCGGGAGCAAACAUCUGUUCUUCUCUCCAUUGUGAAGAAUGUACAUCAGUUGAACACAGAAACCCCCCUCAACAACAUGGACCAGUGCUUUUCCUACUGCAGUGAACUUCUACUUUGUCAUUCUGUCAGAAGACCUCCUUUCAGUGUCCAUCUUUUUGAUGCAGAACAACUGACCCAGAUUCUUCAAUAUCUUACCAACACAUAUAUGAGACACUACAAGCUGUACAAGUACAUAUUUACACCACAGAUGUAUUUGGACUUAUCAUUGUCUUACACUGGAAUGCCUGAGGAAGCUGCUUCAGAGGAAGAAGCCAGUGAUGAGUAUGCUACAGGUGCGGAGAAUGAAACAGGGAAGGUGGCAGGCAGUACAAGUGAGGAAACGGCAUCAGCAGAAAUUCUGACCACAGACACUGAAACACUUCACCAAGGUCCAUCCCCAAAAACAGAGCUCCGGACAAUCGUGGAAAAAGAAGUAAAGGAUGAAGUGAUGCGCUUGACAGCUCAGCUAGAAAAACGGCUUCAGGAAAGUACUGAUCAGCUAAACACAGCUCUUACUGUGCUGGAGGCUAAUAUUCGAUCUAAGAAGUGACCAAUCAACUUCACACCAUCUGGGUAUUUUAUCAAACUGCUGUAUUUCAAUUUGGAAAUUAUUUUUCAAUAAAAUUCUUUCUUCAUAA